UCUUUUUAUGGAGACCACAGUAAAAGCCACUGGAAAAAGCGAAACAAUUACUUCGUGCUAAAAGUAACAAAGAAAUCAGAGAAAUCGAAGCCUUCCAUAAAAUGCAACCGAAAAUGAUAGGGGCGACCAAGACCAAACAUGGUAUUCUCUGUUAGUAACACUGUGCGACAGGUUUAUCGCGGAUGUCAACAAAACAAAUCCGGCACCGGCGUUACGGCGUUACUACGGUGGGCGUUACCUCUCCUAUUUUUUCCUCGAACGACGGGCAAACUACGCCGUUUAAACCGCCCAGUCCCUCUACGACCGCGGUGUCCCAUCCUCAGUAAUGGAAACGAUUCGCAGCCACUGGCGUGACAGUGCGGGCUGGAAGGCUGCCGGACUUCCGCUGACGACCACGAGCGACGAAGCCUGCAAGCUGUACGACGCUGCCAUCACACAGUACGUGGGAUGGUACGACGACCCCGCACUCGGCGGUCUGUCCGCCACAGUGUCGAAGAUACGACAGGCCGACCCGGACUUUGUCAUGGGACAGGUCCUGGAGACGGGCUUAACCCUGAUCGGCACAGGUGAGUCCGUGUCCACAAGCGAGGUCCUCCGCAAGGACGUGGCUCGACUGGCUGCCAUCGCGAAGGAAGGUUGUCCGUCGCGACGGGAGCGUCUCCACGUAGAUGCCGUGCUGGCGUGGUCUCGUGGUCGGAUGUCAAGAGCCGCCGCUCUCUGGGAAGACAUUCUGAUCGACGAUCCUACCGACAUCCUGGCGCUGAAACUGGCCCACGACAGCUACUUCUACCUCGGUCUGCAGCGCCAGAUGCGAGAUUCAGUGGCGCGCGUUCUGCCGCGCUGGAAAAAGUCGACGCCGCUCUACAGCUACCUGCAUGGCAUGCUAGCGUUCGGUCUUUGUGAGACCAACCUGUACGAUCGGGCGCGCAAGUCCGCUGAACUGGCGUUGCAGAUGAACCGCAACGACGCUUGGGCGACUCACGCCAUGGCGCACGUGUACGAGAUGCAGGCUGAUCCGGAUGGCGGAAUUGCGUUCAUGAGUAGGACCCUGGGCGACUGGGAACCGUGCGGUAUGCUGGCGUGCCAUAACUUCUGGCACUGGGCGGUGUUCCACGUAGAAAAGGGCGAGCGUGAAGCCGCCUUGGAUCUGUUCGACGGUCAGAUGAUCCGUCGCCUGGUGUCUUCGGGGGCAAUGCUGGAUUACGUGGAUGCCUCGUCCCUCCUCUAUCGGCUCCAGUUGGGAGCGGACGUGAAGGAAGACCUGAAGAGCCGAUGGCCGUGUGUCUGGAACGCAGCCAAGCCGCAUCUCAAUGACCGAAUACUGGUGUUCAACCAGCUCCAUUUCCUGAUGGCCUGCCUCGGGGUCGGAGCAUCCACAGACCAGCUGCUCGCUGUGUCUACUAGUGACAUGUCUGGCAAAGGGGAGGACGACGGAUGGCCGGCGGACCAGCAACUCGCCGCCUCCCAGGUCGGUCUUCCCGUGAUGCAGGCCAUGGUAGCCCACAGCGAGGGCCGAUUCGGAGACGCUGCCGAACAGCUCGCGGCCGUCCGCUACGACGUGCUGCGCAUCGGUGGGAGCGACGCACAGAGGGACGUCUUCGACCUGCUGCUUCUGGACUCGGCCAUGCGGUCGGACAGGCACAACCACCUGGCCGAAGCGCUGUUGGCCCAGCGCAGCAUCGCGAGGCCUAAAUCUCCGAUGCUGCAGACCAUGGCCGAGACGUUCUCCAGACGUCGUGGUCCAGCCUCUUAGAACGUCGUGGUUAAUGUAUGACAGAGCGUACAGGGUGCUGCAUAAACGCUAUUCAAUCGUAAAAAAAAUAAAAAGAACCGCAGUGUUUGUUUUGGGUAUUCAUCAUAUCAAAGAAGCUUUCAAUUCUGUGAGUAGCAGCACAACCGGAAGGUUUGGCCGCUUUCCUCCCUGUGCAAAGAAGAAGAAAAAAAAUUGUUUUCGUUGAGCUUUUUAUCUAUUAUGACUCACCAACUGACCCAAAUUUCAACCCUAUUCCUUUUUUUUUUUUUUUACACGCGAGUAACUUUUGGAGAUAUCUUGUAGAGUAGCUGGAUGGACGAAUAGUACGCGUUAAUAAAGUGCCUUAGUGUGUACGUACCUGUCUUUAGGUGAUGGCAUCGGGGUCUUUUUUGUCAUACUGUUCUUUGUCUCCUUUAUCCUGGAGCAUAUGUGAAAGGGCGCAUGUCUUCCUUUAUUUUAUCAUUUUCGAUUUGCGUUUAUAGUCGGCUUCGCGGUCUGGUUCCACAAAGAAUGGCACCGGAAGGAACGUAAACCCCGACCCUAGGAGGCUGCAGAAAUGUACACCUCUCAUUGGGUACGCCUGGUUCGAUCUCCAUCGGUCGAAAAUAUUGUCGGCUCAAAAAAAGAAAAAAAAAGUGAAAAAGACUGGUUUGCGUGACCACGGGGCAGUGCGUUUGUGAGCUGUCCAUCACUCAGGACUGCUGCAUGGUGCAAACAUACUGAGUUUUCAAAAUGGAGAUCCUCCAAUGAUAACUACAUAAUAAUUAACAAAAGGGUUCCACUCCAGAGGAGUGAGAGGCACAGGAGAAAAAGCUGCACGAAGCAGCUUGGUGAGGCGCCCGAACCCGUGACUUGGUGAUACCUGUUUUCACCUGAGGACCGAGUAGACCAAAUAAAAAUACAAAGUUGAAUAAA